CGCAAACUGUUAAGGACAUCGUAUUCUGAAAUUUCAAGGACAAGAUACACAUAUAAUUUUAUUUGAAUGCAUUAAGAAAUCUUCGGCCCUGCUAUUAGAUGUGGAAGGUUUUCUGACUGACAAUGGAUGGUGUCCUACAGAGAAUACUGACCAUCCUGUUAAGCGUGGAAUACAUUACAGGAAACUUAGGAAAUGGAUUCAUAGCAGUGGUGAACCUCAUGGACUGGGUCAAGAGAAGAAAGAUGUCUUCAGUGAAUCAAAUCCUCACUGCUUUGGCAAUCUUCAGAAUUGCUUUUCUCUCGUUUCUCUUCCUCGAGUGGUGGGUAUCUUACCCAGAUUUACUAGGGAGUGCAGUGAUGUCGCGAGUGACUUCUAUUACCUGGAUGGUGACCAGUCAUUUCAGCAUGUGGCUUGCUACCAGUCUCAGCAUCUUUUAUUUUCUGAAGAUAGCCAACUUUUCUAACUCUACUUUUCUUUACCUAAAGUGGAGAGUUAAAAAGGUGGUUUCAGUGACCUUGCUGGGGUCUCUGGUUCUCUUGUUCUUAGAUAUCUUCGUAAUGGAAAUAUGCCAUAAUGAAUGGAUCGCUGUAUAUGCGACAAACAUAUCUUCCAGUUCCAGUUCUCAUAACUCUACACAGUUUUCCAUACUUCUUUUAUCCACCGAGACUGUGCUCAUGCUCAUACCCUUCGCGGUAUCCCUGACAUCUUUCCUGCUGCUCAUCUUCUCCCUGGGGAAGCAUCUGAAGAGGAUGCAGCACAAUGCCGGAGGGUCCAGAGACGCCAGCACCAUGGCCCAUAUGAAGGCCUUGAGAACUAUGAUUGCCUCUCUGCUGCUGUAUAUCACUUUCUAUCUCUCUCUUGUUGUACAUACUCGUUACCCAGCAUUUCCAAAGGCAAAUCUCACUGUUUCUUUCUUCUUGCUAUCUAUUCUAAUAGCUUUUCCCUUAGGUCACUCAUUUGUCUUGAUUCUGGGAACCUAUAACCUGAGACGGGCUUCUAUUGCGUUCCUGAUGUGGCUGAGGUGUUGUUCCAGAGUUAUGGAAUCCUUGGACCCAUAGACAUUUCAGCGAUCCUCCUGCAUGAGUUCCAGAAGUAAAGCAGAGAACAGA